CUAACUAGUCGUGCCCAAUCACUUACAUGUGAGUGGUGGAAUAUUCAUUAUGAUACAGAGCAGUUUGUCAUGCGGCUGCAAUCUACGAGUUCUACCGAUUUAGCUUUCAUCUCCGAGCAAGAGGUAGAUGUCCAGCUGCAUUCACAGACCGUCGAGGCCGGACUCAUUUGGGCCCGCCUACAGUCACGCCUCGGUCAUCUCGGUUUCCUUCGUAAUGCCCAUCUCUCUGCAGUGUCAGCAGGUCGAGCUGCUUACUCUGGGUCUGGUUGUGAAACCAGUAAAAGUGAUGCCUCACCACUAGAAUGUCCUACAUGCCUUCUAGUACACUCACCCGCCCGUCCCACAUUUGUAUUGCUGCCCGGAUGCUGGCAUAGCCUCUGUCUGGUCUGCUACAACAGGAUAAAUGGUGCAGGUAGCAAAACACUAGCGCGGAGAUGCCCAGUUUGCAGGACUCCAUUCACAGAGACCCCAGGCGACCAGUUUGGUUGCAUGUCAAACCUAGCUAGUUCGCGAGCUUUUCGUAGGCGUCCCAUCACCCUGGUUCAUUUCUCUCAGGAGUCUGGGCCACCUACUGUUACCCAAACUUCCCCAGGUGUCUCCUCCAGGUCCGUUAUCUCCUCAUCUGACUCUGUGAAUCAAUGGGCAGAGCAGCCUGGCAGGUCGGAAGAAAUUAGCCGAUCCGACUCUAACCUG